AUGGCCGCCUCCUGCGACCUCCACGAUGUCGACCCUCCGGAGCUCCAGUUUCCGUUCUUGCUCGACAAGCAGAUCUCCUGCCCCCUGCGGCUCGCCAACAGGACUGACCGUACCGUCGCCUUUAAGGUCAAGACGACAAACCCCAGGAAGUACUGCGUGCGGCCCAACAAUGGCGUCGUGCCGCCGCGAUCCUCUUGCACGGUUGUAGUCACGAUGCAGGCGCAGAUGGUGGUGCCUCCGGAUUUGCAGUGCAAGGACAAGUUCUUGGUGCAGAGCGUGGUCGUCAGUGAUGGCUUGUCAGCCAAUGACAUAACCUCUCAAAUGUUCGUGAAAGAGGGGGGUAAUGUGAUCGAGGAGGUGAAAUUGAAGGUUGCUUAUGUGAUGCCACCUGAACCGCCAUCAGAGAUUGCAGAGGAGCACGAUGGUUUAGAGAAAGUUUUAGUGUCCAUGCAGAGGAGUGUGGAUAAUGGGAGGAGUACUUCAGAGCUAUCGAGUGGCUCCGUGUCAUUGAGAUCAGCUAAGGAGGUCGGAUCACCUGUUGGUCGAAUUGUGAAGAGUGAGGAGUUCCUGAAGGCUGCAGGACCUGCUAUGGCAACAAAAACAUAUGCGGGACCUGGUGAACAAUCUCAUCAGCUGUCAGCUAUAAUUGCAAAGCUGACUGAAGAAAAGAAUUCUGCACUUGAGCAAAACAGAAAGCUUCAAGUCGAAUUGGAACUUGUAAGGUGCGAAGCCAGGAAACAGCAAGGCGCCUUCUCGUUGGUUCUCUUAUUAGCAUUUGGGCUCCUUGGCAUUGUUCUAGGUUACAUUGUAAAGAAAUGA